GCGCCUACCGCAGACGGCCAGCGACUAAGCCAUUGGGUACGCGCCAACUACAAACUAAACACUCAAAAAUUUGGGGUUUCUGCCCAUGGCAAACCGCGACAUUUGAGCGAUUUAACACUCCAAAGAUGCGCUUUUCGCUGAUUUUCCAGUUGGGUUUGUGCGCCGCUUUGUCGAAAGAAACGCAAUUCGAGCGAGUCGUGUUGAGCGCGAAUUUUUCUCCACAAUCUUCCCGUGAUUUUCCUCAAGAAAAUCCCGGCAGGAAGUGUUUGGGUAAUCUGACGAAAUGCCCGGAAACAGAUGGCGCAGAUCAGCAGACCUCUGAGCGCUUGCUGCAAUGGCUGACCGCUCCUCAGCCGCCUUUUAACCUGGGGGAGGUUCGCCUAGGGGUGAGCGUCGCCUGCCAGCGCGAUAGUCAGAAAUACAUGAGCGAGCUGCGCCUGCUGAAGAUGUGGGCGUUGAAAAUGUACGAUUCAACGGCGAAACUGCCAUCGGGCAUCCUCAACGGCAACGUGAACCAGCUGGGGGAUUUUGAUAUGUGUUUGUCCGCCCUGUCGGAGGACGGUGUGCAGGGGCAGUAUUGCCUGGCGGCCAUCGAGGUCCAGACGCCCCACAGCCCCCAUUUGGCCGCCCUGCACAAGCUGGCGCACUCGCACUACCACUUCCGCAGCAGGCUGGAGGAUCCCGGCCAUCGGGUGCCCAGAUUCUCCAGCAUUAACUGGGCGCUUUGUGUGCCGAGCUCCUGCUCAGCCAACGAUGUUUCCAUUGGGCUGCGCCCCAUCCUGGAGGCCAUUUCCAAUGACACCUCGUUGGAGUUCAGGCACCAAGUCAGUCCCUUGAUGUGUCAGGUGCGCAACCGAGCCUCUUUGCCCUGGUCGACGCUACUGACUUUGGCCCUUUUCGCCGGCUUGUUCCUCUUGGAGAUGUUCGCCUCUAUCUACGACAACGUCGCCGUCGGGGACAAAAAUAAGUGGCUGACUAGCUUCUCCUUGCCCAGGAACGCCUGCAGCCUGCUGGGGGCUGGGCGAGCCGCAGGCGACAUCCCAGCCAUCCAUGGCAUCCGCAUGUUCAACGCCCUCCUUCUCCUAACCGCCCACAAGUCCAUGGCUGUGCUGUUUUUGCCCUUUGCCAACCGCACGGAGGCCAUCGAGUACUUGGGGCGUCCGUAUUCAGUGCUGGGACGAGCGGCCAGCCUCUACACCGACCCCUUCAUCAUGAUCUCCGGCCUGCUGACCGCCCACUCGCUCCUGGGCAAGCUGGAGCGCAAUGGGCGCAUCAACGUGAUCCAAGAGUACGUUUCCAGACUCUACCGCAUCGUCCCUACCUUUGCCGCUCUCAUCGCUUUUUGCACCUUUGUCUUGCCCUGGCUCAAUGGGGGGCCCCUAUGGAACCAAGUGGUCACGCAUCACUCGGACAUUUGCAAGCAGUACUGGUGGCGCAACCUGCUCUUCAUACACAACUACUUCGGGUUCAAAGACAUGUGCUUAACGCACACCCAUCACUUGGGCAUAGACACGCAGCUCUUCCUCAUCUCCCCCCUAUGGGUGUACGGGCUGUGGCGAUGGCCAAAAAGGGGCGCUGUUGCCUUGGGGCUGCUGGCGAGCCUCUCUACAGCCGCUCGCUACUACGUAACAUUCAGCCGUAGCUUAUCCAACUACGUGCACUUCGGGACCUCGGUGCAGCAGCUGUUCGCCACGGCCGACUUCAUGUACAUUCUGCCGCCGCAUCGCGCCACUGUUUAUAUAAUGGGCAUUUUUAUGGGCGCGUUGCUGCGCCGCGCUGGGAACUUUGAGCUGAGCACGGUGCAGAUCAGACUUGGCAACGCGUUGGCUGUCUGCAGCCUCCUGGUGGCCUAUCUGGGGCCUUCCUUCAUGAGCAACUUGGACUAUGUGUACAACCCACACCAUGCCGCGCUUUAUGCGGCCUUUUCCCCCAUCCUGUGGGUGGGCUCCUUUUGUUGGCUCAUCUAUUCCAGCCAGAAGGGCCACAAUGGUUUCAUAGGGCGACUGUUCGCGCACCCCGUUAACGCGCUGUGGACGAAAAUUUCCUAUACAGUCUACCUGACGCAGUUCCCGGUGUUUUUCUACAACGUGGGAGUGACCAGGACGUCGCGCGAGUUCGGGUUCUUCACCCAAAUCUUCAAUCUGCAGGAAUACGCCUGGAUCGGCGCUCUGUCCGUCCUGAUGACGCUGUGCGUCGAGAUGCCCUUUCAAAACCUCAGGACUUUGAUGGUGAAGCGCAGUGCUCACGGCGCCCAAGUGGUGAAAAAGACCAGUUGAAGCCGACUGCGUUUCGAACAAUUCCCGCGGCGCUUUUUAGGUGUAAAUCUGCCUCUUGGCGGGUAUCAAAUCUCCUUCUUCGCUGCCAGGAGCAGCAGGUCAACUAAGGAAGGUGUCAGGAGAGGGAAUCAGGGUGCCACCGGUCUGAAACUGCCACACAUUGUAAUUCCCGAAUAAUAAACUAGUGAACCGCUUAAAGCCUA